AUGAGUGAUAAAGACAAGGAUGAAAUGACCAGGAAACAAGAUGUGUCUUUACCAACCUCAGAGAACUCCGAAGUUUCAACUCAUAGAGAAUUGGGGGUGAAAUCGAACCAAGAGGAAAGUAACUCUGGGUGUAGCAAAUUAGCAAAUAAGGACACCAAUAAGUCUGUGAAUCCUAAACACGGUGAUGACUGUGAUAAUGGGCACUUUGACGACGGAGGAGUCAGCUCCAAGGAAGAGGGAGAAAGGUUGAUUAGUCAAAUGGCCAAUGCUCUUCGUAAGGCCCGACAAGAUGGUCUUCCUCAGUCUUUGAACAAGAAACCGCCACUGUCAGCCGCCUCCACUUACCUGAUGAAUCACAAUAUUCGGAAGAGGAUUCUUCAUAUUGGCAAUCCCUCCAAGUUGCCUGCUGAAUGCACUGCACCGGGAGGUGGAAUUGCCUAUCCGAAACACACCAAGUUCAUCUUUGAUUACCGAAUUGGUAAUCCGGAUACACCGGAGGACUUUCUGGAUGAUACUAAGAAGUAUGGAAAGAAGAUGGAGUUGUAUAGUGGAAAGGACUUUCAGAUUGAGUUCUGGGAGUAUUGUUUGCAAACAAUGAUGGUCGGUGAGGUGUCGUCAUUCAUGGUGCCUCCCAGCCAACUCGCCUCUUUUCCAACGAUCAACAAGAAACUCCGCGACUAUAUGCUCAAUCGUACACCUGACUCAGCCAAUCCGCCCAAGCACACUUGCGCCUUUAUGAGUCUGCAAGCCCAUGGGGGUCUUGGGUAUCCUGAUUUGGACGAACUGUUGCUUAAACCAAAGAUGCUGGAGUUUGUCUUCGAUCUGCAUUCGGUGAUACUUCCCAACGAAGCUCCAAAAGACAGUUGGAUAAUGACCCCAGAGGAAAAAUUGGAAGCUAUUCCAAGACUUCGAAAGGAGGGCAACGUUCUCUAUGGCCAGUAUCAAUGGUUUAAGGCUGCAGCCAAGUAUGAAGAGGCUCUCAACCUCAUCGAACAACUCAUACUCGUAGAAAAACCCGGUGAACCCGAAUACGUGCAAUUGGAUCAAUCAAGAGUUCCUUUCUACCUCAAUCUGGCCCAGUGUCAGUUCAAACUCAUGGACUAUUACGGAGCGAUACGCAGUGCAAGUGAGGCCUUGGCUCGGGAUAAGGACAAUGUGAAGGCGCUGUUCCGCCGAGCACAAGCCUAUUCGGCUACUUCGGAUGUUGAGUUGGCCGAAGCGGACUUCUUGAGGGUCAAGGAGCUUGCACCCGAUACCAUGACAGCUCGUGUAAAUCGAGAACUGGCCACUCUUGCGAGGAUAAGUCGUGAAUGCAAGGAGGAAGAGCGUCGUCUUUUAGCUGGAAAAUUCUUUAAAACGCAAAAUUCUUCGUGA